CAAGUUGCAUGAUUCGUAAGCGAGUCCCCGAUCGUUCCACGUUCGUUCAAAUGGUACCGACUCUCGCAUUUUCUUCUGAUUUUCGCCGAAUGUUUACAUAUUUCUGUAGACGCGAUAUCAGUAUCUUUCCUGUGAAUUCCUGACUGAAGGGAUGACUGUCUUUGUGUACCGCGAUCGAUCACAGAAAUCUAAUCGCUAUUGGCAUUCGGACACGGUGGUUUGACUACACAGCUAGGUUAACCAAAACUACGCACUUCCAUCGACGAACUACGGCAUCGAUCGACUUCGAAUAAUACGUGAGUUUGUCAACUGAAACGAAGAUGAACACGCCGCAAUCGAACAAGAAGAAUAAGAAGAUAGGGAGGAAUAGAAUGGGUAUACCUAACGAAAACGCGAGCCCUACGAACACGGAGACGCUCAGCAGUCAGGAAGCAGCAAAGUUUGUUUUGGUAAAUCCCAUAGGAGAGAAAGAAGAUGGAAAUAAAUCAAUCAAAGUGGCAAUCUCAGAUGCAAUUCCUAUAAUUUCUGUGGAUCCAAGUAUGUCUGAUGAAAAAUUGCAAAAAAGUAAUGCAGCGUUAGUCGAAAAGGAAAAGGAAGACAAAAAUGUGCUUAACACUUUACCUACUGCUACAGUUAAGGAAAUAGAAGGCUAUGAAAAUCAAUUAGGAGAGGCUGAACCACUUCCGAAUUCUUAUAUUAGAUUUAUGGAGCGCAGUGGUGAAGAACUUGAUGGAGAGGUAGAAUAUGAUUUAGAUGAAGAAGAUACUGCAUGGCUGUCUAUUGUAAAUGAAAGAAGGCUAGCUUCUGGAUUGACGCCUGCAUUGGAGCCUGACACAUUUGAGUUGUUAAUGGACAGACUUGAGAAAGAGUCAUAUUUCCAACAACAAAGUAACGGUGGUGGUGGUGUUGCUGCAGAUGAAGAUGCUGUUUGUUGCAUUUGCAUGGAUGGAGAAUGUCAGAACAGUAAUGCAAUCCUGUUUUGUGAUAUGUGUAAUCUUGCUGUUCAUCAAGAUUGUUACGGUGUACCGUAUAUACCUGAAGGACAAUGGUUGUGUAGAAGAUGUCUACAGAGUCCAUCCAGAGCUGUCGAUUGUGUUCUCUGUCCAAACAGAGGUGGUGCUUUCAAACAGACUGAUCGUCCUGCGACAUGGGCUCAUGUAGUAUGCGCUCUAUGGAUACCAGAAAUUAGAUUUGCUAACACUGUAUUUUUGGAACCCAUCGACAGUAUAGAGAGUAUACCGCCAGCUCGUUGGAAGCUAAUGUGCUGCGUAUGUAAGCGAAAGGGAGCUGGCGCGUGUAUUCAGUGUCACAAGAGCAAUUGUUAUGCUGCUUUCCACGUGACUUGUGCUCAGCAAGCUGGUCUAUGUAUGCGCAUGAGAACGAUGCAGCCUGCUAAUGGUGAACCAAUACUGGUGCAAAAAACAGCUUACUGCGAGGCACAUACUCCUCUUGAUUAUAAGCCUUCAACAAAUCCUGUGGAUGCGCGUAGAAGAGCAAUAGCUAACAAGAAAAGUUCAUCAGCGCCUGUUAUUUCUAUUCCCACCAUACCACCUGAGAGAAUUAGAGAAAUUGCUAGUCUAGCAGAAGGAAUUCCAAAAAGAAGUCAAUUGAUACAACGUCUUAUUGCCUAUUGGACAUUGAAGCGACAAUACAGAAACGGUGUCCCGCUUCUUAGAAGAUUGCAAAGUUCCCAUCCGCAAUCUAGACCACCUCCACUCGGAGAACAUCCCUCUUCGCCGACACACGAUAGUGAAGCGCGAGGGGAGAUGUAUCGUCAACUUAAAUAUUGGCAGUGUCUACGUCAAGAUUUAGAACGUGCACGAUUGCUAUGUGAAUUAGUACGGAAGCGUGAAAAAUUAAAAAAGGAACUAUUCAAAGUAAAGGAAAAGUGUCUAUGGCUUCAGUUGCGGCCAUUGGAAAGUGUUUUACGUAGUUUGUUAGAAGCUAUAAAGGCAAAAGAUACAAAUGAUGUAUUUGGGCAACCAGUCAAUAUCAAAGAAGUUCCAGAUUAUCUUGAAAUAGUGUCACACCCUAUGGAUCUCUCUACUAUGCAGGCAAAAUUAGAAAAACAAGAAUAUGAAUACAUUGCGUCUUUUGAAGCCGAUUUCAAUUUAAUGGUCAGCAAUUGUCUGGCAUAUAAUCGCAAAGAUACUAUGUUUUAUCGAGCAGGAAUGAAAAUGAAAGAACAAGGAGGAGCCUUAAUAGAACAAAUUCGCAAAGAUUACCCUGAUCUCGAACCGGUCUCUGAAUCUGAACAAGGGGGCUCUAAAUCUAGAAAGAGAGAAAGAUCAAAUCGUAAUCGCAUAGAAACGGAAUCGCAGUCCAGUGAGAAAGAGGUUGGCGGAGGUGGUGUGAAUAGAAGAACAGCGGUGUUAUUCACUCGCAAAGCUAGAGCGCGUAAUGCUAAAAGUAGCCAAAUGUUUCUUCCAGAGGAUGAUAAAAAGAAGCAAAGUGAUAGUUUUAAAGUAUAUAGGAGUGGGACAAUGGAUAGUGACGUGGGUGAAGGAGAGAGCCAGUCGUCGAGCUGUAGUAGUUGUCCCACAAGUAGAUCCACUACACCUGGUGCAGAAGAGGAAAAGCAACAUCCAGAAAUUGUUGAUACAAAAAAAGAAAACGAGACCAAACAAACGAGUGCUGGUAGCGGCUUAGAAGCUUUACAGCUUGUAUGGGCUAAAUGUCGUGGAUAUCCGUGGUAUCCAGCUCUGAUCAUUGAUCCUAAUACACCUCGAGGCACUAUACAUAAAGGGGUACCAAUCCCAGCACCGCCUGAUGAUGUUCUAGCGCUUGGAGACAAUUACAAAGAUCCAGUUUUUCUUGUGCUUUUCUUUGAUACAAAGCGCACAUGGCAAUGGUUGCCAGGUGAAAAAUUAGAAAAACUUGGAGUAUCGCAAGAAGUGGACGAAGCAAAAUUAAUCGAAUCGCGUAAACCUACGGACAGAAAAGCCGUAAAGAAAGCUUAUCAAGAAGCUUUACAUUAUCGCAAACAAACACAUAACGUGUUAGAUAAUACGUCCACUGGAUAAAUGUAAAUACAAUAUUUAAAAAAUAGGAUAAAAUAUGUAAUUUGUAAACCUUCGUAAUUAAUUAUAUAAUAUAUAAAGUACAUAGGAUUAUAAACAUGUAGGUAUUUAUAUGAAAUAUAUAAUCUAAAAAGGAUGAAUAAUUCGAAUCAAGGAUUAAAUAUCGAAAUACUGCUUAAUAUUAAUAUAUAACCAUAAGAAAAAUUAAUAUAUUACAAUUAUAGAGAAGACUAGGAUUCGUUGGCACCACAAUUUUCACAAUUUUAGUAUUCGACAUUUUAAAUAAGUAAUUAUUAUGAUUAUAGCAAUUUGAUAAAAAGGGAGAACCUUUCUCUACAUUUUCAUACCAGGAAUGAUUCUGUAUAUGAUAUAGCUUUGUAAUAAGUAAAAUACAAACAUACAUUAUAACAAACUGAUAGCAAAGGAAAUAGAUAUAUAUCACAGUGUAUCUAAUUAUUUAUAUGACAAACUCCAUAUUAAAUUAGUGAAAACGUAAUAGAAAUAAACAAACAGAACAUAUGUACUUUUUGUAAAGCCUGUAUCUUUUAAAGUUAUUUUGAUAAUUAAAUAUCAAAAUGCUGUUACAGAAAAACAAAUUAAACUAUUUUAAAUGUGUAACUUUGAUAUAGAAAUAUUAAAUAUAAAACGUUUUGUUAAAGUUGUAAUUGUAUGUUUACUAACUUCUUAAUAGCAUGUAAGCUCGUCUUAAAUAUUAGUAUUAUUCCUAUGUAUAUUGAUUUAAAUUAUUUUAUUAUAACAAAUAUUUUAUAUUAUUACUUAAAACAACAUGUCAUAUAGUAAUGAAAACUUUUUUUAAACUAAUAGUAUAUGUGAUUUCAAUUUGUUCUCUAAAAAACAUUAAUAUGAAAUUUAAAAACGCUCAGAAACUUAUUUGUCUUCUCUUGAAUCACAUUUUUCUCUUUCUUUAUACUAGUUUAAUUUAAAUAAAAUUUUAAAAAUAGUACUUGUUAUAAAAGAAAUAAUUUGCAAUAAUUUUUCCAUUAUUUCUUUCGUCACCAGUACAUAAACGAAAUGCAUUGCCAACAAGCCCCGGUCUCCUCUAUCAAUAUUUUACAAUUGUUUUAUUUAAAGAAUUAAAAAUGACAUAUAAAACAAGAUCGGAAAAGGCCAGUACAUGAUUAUAAUAAGAUCUUAGAACUGAGAUAGUGCUUUUUGUGUAAUUUUACAUACAAUUUCUAAUUCUUUCGAACUGUUUAUUAUUACUUACAAUUUUUAACACAGCUCUUGAAUUAGAAGAGUAAUAUCACAGAAUUAAAUUGACAAUCAAUUUAAUAUUACUGAUGCUCAUUAACAUCUCUGACAUUUAUAAUUUAACUUUCGAAAAGUCUCUUUUAUAUUUCUAACAUAUUGCAUAUUUAUAUAUAUUUUGUUAUACUGGAACUAUGUGGAAUAAACCAAUUAUGUAGAAAAAUAUAAAUUUUAUUAAUCCAAAAAAA